AUGGCUAGCAAGCUUGCCGCCUCAGCUCUCAUGCUAGCAUUGCUGGGUUGCGUGGCCCACACGUGCCAAGCGGGCUACGGGUAUCCUUACCCGGUAUCGGCACCCAAGAGCACUCCACCUGCUGCCCCGACGCUCAACUAUGCUCACUACUACAAGACUUGCAAAGGAGCGGAGAAGAUCGUCAGAGAUGUUGUGCAGGAGGAGAUUAAACGCAACCCUGGCAUUGGCGCGGGCCUCAUCCGUCUUUUCUUUCACGACUGCUUCGUCCAGGGUUGUGAUGCGUCGGUCCUCCUAGACAAGACCCCGGCCAAUGAAUCGACGGAGAAGUUUGGCCUCCCUAACAUAGGCAGCCUCCGCGGAUUUGAAGUGAUUGAUAAGAUUAAGACCAAGCUCGAGGCUAAGUGCAAGGGUGUCGUCUCGUGCGCAGACAUUGUCGCCUUUGCCGGACGCGACGCAACCUACUUCCUCAGUAACAAGAAGGUAUACUUUGAAAUGCCGGCUGGCCGCUAUGAUGGACGCGUCUCUUCUGCGAGCGAGACCCUCUUCAACCUGCCCCCUCCUUUCGGCAACAUCACGGUGCUCGAGGAUAUGUUUGCAGCCAAGGGGCUCAGCCUUGACGAGAUGGUCACCCUAUCCGGCGCGCAUACUGUCGGGAUCUCCCACUGCUCCUCCUUCGGUGACCGUCUGCCGCGCAACGCCUCGGACCCAAUGGCCAUGAACUCUAGGUUUGCGAACUCGGUGACAAGAAAGUGCAAGAGCGGUAGCUCCACGGUGGAUCAAGACUUCAAAACCCCUAACAAGCUGGACAACCAAUACUACAAGAAUGUCCUCAACCAUGAAGUGUUGUUCACAUCGGACGCCGCACUUGAGUCAUCCAAGACAAAGAGAUUGGUGAAGCAAAAUCUGACCCCAUAUGUGUGGGAGAAGAAGUUCAAGCAAGCCAUGAGGAAGAUGGGUGCCAUUGGGGUGAAAACCAGCGCUAAUGGGGAGAUCAGGAAGAACUGUCGGCUCAUCAACUAG